AUGGAGGACAGCAACAACCACACGGCUGCGAAUGGAUCAGGCUCUGCUGGAUCCAGUACAGGUGCAGGUACAGGAAGUACUGCUCCCCUAGUAGCGACCGGCGAUUGGACUAGGGAUUUAGUUCAUUUGGCGAAGACAGCCGAGUUGAAAAAACACGCUCUUACCCUUCAACUACAUACCGCACAUAUACUUUCUGCGCAUGCGGCGUUGGAACAGAAGAGCAAGAGUAUACAAGAUGUGAAGGAACAGAGGAAUAAACUCGAAUCGGAACGUACCCGCUUGCUAACAGCGCUGCGCCAAGUCAACGAGGAUAGGGACAAGGCUGAUUUGUUAGAAGGUGAUUUAGAACGAGAGUCCACAACACUUCGUCAUCAAAUUCUCACUCUCUCAGACGGGGAGUACGCCGUCGCCAAAGCCGACGUCGAUAGGCUCCGUGCAGAAUUGGGUCAGCCUGCGUUACCGAGUUUGCAGACCAUGUUGGAUGAAAAAGCCUCGACGUUCGUUUAUAACUUGUCCUCUACAAAUGCAAAUAAAAAACGACCCGCUGGAGGUAAUAGUAAUGGUUUCGACGCGAUUCCAGCGAUCCCAGCGAAGAGACCUCGUGGAAGACCCAAGGGAAGUAAGGCUCAGAAACGUUCGACAUGA